AUGAGAGCUUCCCAAGUACCACAUGCCUGCAGCCUGUUAUCUUUAGCGAUGCUGUUCCUUCCAGUCACUGGAACAUCAAAACAAAAUAUCCCAAGACUUAAACUUUCCUAUAAAGACUUGCUGCUUUCAAACAGCUGCAUCCCAUUCCUGGGCUCAACAGAGGGUCUUGAUUUUCGAACCCUGCUGCUAGAUGAGGAGAGGGGCCGGCUGCUAAUCGGGGCUAAAGACCACAUCUUCCUGCUCAACUUGGUUGAUUUAAACAAAAAUGUAAAAAAGAUUUACUGGCCUGCAGCAAAAGAAAAGGUAGAAUUAUGCAAAUUAGCUGGGAAAGAUGCCCAUACAGAAUGUGCCAAUUACAUCAGGGUUCUUCAGCCCUACAACCGAACCCAUGUUUAUGUCUGUGGCACAGGAGCGUUUCACCCUCUCUGUGGAUACAUUGAGCUUGGAACUCACAAAGAGGAAACAGUAUUCCGGCUGGAUACUCAGAACUUGGAGUCUGGCAGGUUGAAAUGCCCUUUCGAUCCUCAGCAGCCAUUUGCUUCGGUGAUGGCAGAUGAGUAUCUUUAUGCUGGAACAGCUUCUGAUUUCCUUGGCAAAGACACUGCUCUAACACGUUCUCUGGGCCCUUCUCACGACCACCAUUACAUCAGAACUGACAUUUCUGAACAUUACUGGCUUACUGGAGCAAAAUUCAUUGGAACUUUUCCCAUCCCGGACACUUACAACCCAGAUGAUGACAAAAUCUACUUCUUUUUCCGAGAAAUAUCACAAGAUAGUGGCACGUCUGACAAGACAAUCCUUUCCCGAGUUGGGAGAGUUUGUAAGAAUGAUAUGGGAGGUCAAAGGAGCCUGAUAAACAAGUGGACCACUUUUCUGAAAGCCAGGCUUGUGUGUUCGAUACCUGGUCCUGAAGGAGCAGACACACAUUUUGAUGAGCUGCAAGAUAUAUUCUUACUUUCUACAAGAGAUGAGAGAAACCCGCUUAUAUAUGGAGUCUUCACUACAACAAGCUCUGUCUUCAAGGGCUCUGCAGUUUGUGUGUACAGCAUGGCAGAUAUCAGAGCUGUUUUCAAUGGCCCUUAUGCUCACAAAGAGAGUGUGGAUCAUCGGUGGGUACAAUAUGAAGGGCGCAUCCCAUAUCCCAGACCUGGUACAUGUCCAAGCAAAACCUAUGAUCCUCUCAUAAAGUCUACAAGAGACUUUCCCGAUGAAGUCAUUAGCUUUAUUAAACGCCAUCCACUGAUGUACAAAUCCGUUUACCCAGUGACGGGAGGACCGGUAUUCACUCGAAUCAACGUGGACUAUCGUCUGACUCAGAUUGUGGUGGAUCACGUCAUGGCAGAGGAUGGGCAAUAUGAUGUUAUUUUCCUAGGAACAGACAUAGGCACAGUCCUGAAAGCUGUGAGUAUCACAAAGGAGAAGUGGACUAAGGAGGAGGUGGUCCUGGAAGAGCUGCAGAUAUUCAAGCACCCUUCGUUUAUCUCAACCAUGGAGAUUUCUCAGAAGCAGCAACAAUUGUACAUUGGUUCCAGGGAUGGAUUGGUUCAGCUCUCUCUGCACAGAUGUCACACGUAUGGGAAGGCUUGUGCGGACUGCUGCCUUGCCAGAGACCCAUACUGUGCCUGGGAUGGAAACUCGUGUUCCAGAUAUGCCCCCACUUCUAAAAGGCGAGCCAGAAGGCAAGACGUCAAAUAUGGAGACCCUGUUGCACAGUGCUGGGAUGUGGAAGACAGCAUUAGUCAUGAAACUGCUGAUGAAAAGGUGAUUUUUGGCAUUGAAUUUAAUUCAACUUUUCUGGAAUGUAUUCCUAAGUCCCAGCAAGCCUCUAUUAGGUGGUAUAUUCAGCGCUCUGGAGAAGAACAUCGAGAAGAGCUGAAAGCUGACGAAAGGAUCAUCAAAACAGAGCAUGGGCUGCUGAUUCGCAGCUUGCAAAGAAGGGAUGCUGGAGCCUAUUUCUGCAAAGCCCAGGAGCACACCUUUGUCCAUACCAUCGUGAAGCUGAAUUUGAACGUCAUUGAGAAUGGGCAAAUGGAAAGCACUCAGAAAACUGAGGAUGAGGAGGGCCGGGUGAGGGAUUUGCUGACGGAGUCCCGUCUGAGGUACAAAGACUACAUCCAGCUCGUCAGCAGCCCCAGCUUUAGCCUGGAUGAGUACUGUGAACAGAUGUGGCACCGGGAGAAACGGCGGCAGCGGAACAAAGGUGGUGCCAAAUGGAAGCAUGUGCAGGAGAUGAAAAAAAAGCGAAACCGAAGGCACCAUGAGCCAGCCAGGCCACUGUCUACAUAGUUUGUAAAUGCUAUUUAAAGAGAGGACAUUUUCCAUGAAAAAAAGAAUACUGUGUUCUGGUUUUGUGCAUCUUGCCUAUGAAUUAGUACUGCUUCUUAUUGAAAUCA